GUCAUCACCGCGCACGCGGUUCAUGCAGCGGUGCUCGCUCCUCUACUGCGUGGUAACGGAUAAUAUAUUCUUCUUAAGGCAAUAGCGCAUAUAUGUCCAGACUCUACGUCCCAAGUUCGCAAUUACCAACAUACACAUGCACCACUUCGCCUCGGCAGUUGCAGCUCUCUUACUUUUGGGAUUUUCUCGAGCCCAAGAGCUUUCCUGCUCCUCGCCCAAAGUCAACAUCGACCCAUGCCUCAGCCCUUCACCUGGCGGUCUCUUUGUGUUUCGACAACGCUUCGAACCUGAUGUAGGAGAUGAUUUCGGCAGCUGGAAUAUAGAUGGGCUUGAGGUUCUGACCUGUGAUACGCAACAACCACAAAACGACACCGCUUACGCCCCUACGUAUAAUCAUGAAGAAAUCGGCUCUUUCUGUCUCAAGUCCACCCUGUUUUCCGAGGAAAACGCAUUUGCGAAUUCCGAGAAAGCUUGGGCUCAGAGUGAAGUGGGAGAAGGCGUUGAAGAAGUUUGGGAACGAGCGUGGAACGUGGCAGGAAGGUUCAUUUCUACUUUCCAUCCUGAAUGCUACAAGAAUGCUCAAAGGGGCAGUGGUGUACCGGAAUUCUUCGCCGUUUUACAAAAGUUACAUUGGAGAUUUCCCACAGCUCAACUACUUUCAGAUAAUGAUAUCAUCCCGUCUGAGGAUAUAAGCUACUCCCUUGCAGAGCUUACAAGCGCACUAUCCAUGGGCGGGAAUUUCCCGGUGGUCAUCUGUGACAAUACCACACUCUCCACCAUCCUGUGGCCUUUACUUGUCCGAGGCUCCUUUGCCACGGGUACUUUUGAACCUACCUCGAUGUUGCAGCGUGAAUCAAAUUGCCCUCAAGAUGGAAUCAUCUAUCAACUUUCUAACAGACGCCCUGUCCCAACCACGACAGCCACUUGGGAUCGUAUCUUUCGGCCUUCACCUCGUCCUAUCACCCUUUCACAUGACGAGUCGAAGUUAUAUUACCGGACUCAAGUGCCAGAUGAUCUAAGACAGAAGCUUGCAUUGUUCAAGGGCUAUGAGCAAGGAAAAGAGGAGGGAAAGACAGAAAGGGCUGAUAAGAAGUUCUGGAGAGAUGAAUUGUAAUGGUCGGUCACCGCGAGCUUCAUUAUAAGGCCGCAUAUGCUUGUCCAAGGUUUUUAUUUUUAUUUGAUGAAGCAAUGGGUGGCCAAGGGGGAUUGCCAUAAGAGGACCACAGUCUGAGUGUUACCAAAGAUCGUGAAUGGGGAGUCUUUGCCGUGAGCUUCAACCUGCAGCUUGUGUUCUUCAGU